GCUGUCACCCUCGCAUUCUCGCCCUGGGAAGGCCGUCGCAAAGGGUGAACGAAUAACCAUAAUUCCAUCCUUGUUUUGUGGUGUCCCCACCCCCUAAAAAAGGAUGACGAAGACCUUGAAAAGUGUGACACACGAUGCUGCAGGAAUUACUAUCCUCAAGGUCUUCACAUUCAACCACUUCACGCGCGUCGUGGCGUCUGCUGGACACUGCAGGGAAUACACAUUGUGGUUGUUGGUCUCUCAACCAGCCUGAGACUAGUCGAUCUUAUCGUAACAUUCCCCGACCAAGGAAAAAAAGAAAGCACAUGGGUACAUGCAGACCAUGGCUCAUCCUCCCUGCGGUAGUCCUGCAGGCGCCCUUCUUCCUGCGUGGAUGUAUCAAACGGUAUAGCGGCCCCGUUUCAGUCUGGCGAGGAUCCCAUCACAUACUCCGAAUAAGGAAGGAUGAACGAAAAUUCGAACCUUCGACUGUGGCUGCUUGAAAGGGGGAAGACGAGGACGAACCCAAAAAAGGCCUGUUCAAGAGACAGCCGAGGACGUAACCCUCGGACGGGGCCUCAGCCAAUCUCCACCCCCACGUGGGUCAUGGUCAG